CACUGGGAUGAGGUGGUUUGUCAGCCGUAUCAAAAUAGAUGUAUUUUGUAAAACUGCAAUGGAAAUGAGUGACAUGAUUAACAGAGUUCAUAUGUAACAGUUUAACACUUAGUGUUAUUAAGUGUUAAGUGAUUAACUCCAGACAGAUUUAGUACUUGACAGAGUCAAUGUACCAAUUCUCCAAAAAGAUUUAAACUCUCUCUCUCUGGUUUGGACCCAUGCAGACACUUUAAACGUGUUGAAAUCAAACCUGAGUGAUAAUUUGGGCAUGCUGGGUUUGCUGUGCAUGGUACGACACCAACACAUUCAGAUUCUGUGCACCUAGCAAUAACUGACACUCAGUAGCGAGACACAUGCCUAAAGCAGCACAUUUAAAAAUCUAUUUUUAUAAAAAGCUCCAACCAUAGUCACCACUCAGAUUCAAUGUCACAUGUCUGUACGCCUAAUUUCAGAUCAGUCCCAUCAGGUCUCCACAGUUCAGAUCCUCCAGGUGACUGAACAUGCUCAAGUAAACAGGAUUGUGUGUACAUGCUGUGUGCAGGAACAACAGCACGGCAGAUAGCAGGAUUUCUGAUGAAUGUUAUCUGGGGUGGGUGGAAGCGAGUGAGUCAAAGCGGAGGAGCAGCAACACCUGUGAGUGUGUCUCAUUCUUUGGCAGCUCCGUCCCUCGGGGGCCACAGCGAAUGACAGAAAAGAUCGAAAAUGCAGCGACAGACGGAGCUCUGCACACACGGAGGAUGGCAGCAGCAAUGGUGACAAUCAACUGAUUGCAUUCAUGCAUAUGUACAGCACUGGGGAAACAAGUUCUUGUGACAGGAAGUAAUUAGGUGAACCACGUCAUUCAAAAGCUUGUAGAACCAAUCUGAGCUGUAGUAACUGUCGUUUUCUCUCUGACUUGAUUAGUCUUCAUGCUGUGCUGUUUUGGACAUUUGGCUCUCUCCUCAUAGAAUAAUGUUUCAGUUCUUCGUAGGUGUCAGAUAUAUCAACCUUUACAGGGUUGUCACAAUACUAAAAUUUCAAACUUGAAACUGAUACUGAGAAAGAUAUUCAAUAACAUUUUAUUGGUAUUGAUAAACCAUGGGAAAUGGUAUAUCAAUGAUAUUUCCCAUGGCUCCAGGAAAUUGGAAAAUCUUUUAUGAAGGAACAGGGUUCUUUCUAGCUAAGAGCAAAAAUGAUGAGUAAUCAAUUAUGAAUGCAUGAUACACUUUUUCACUUCCGAUACCGAUAUUUCAGAUUUAGUAUCGGUCGAUCCCGAUCUGAUACAGAAAAGCAGUGCUGAAUUGACUUAAAAUGUUUCUUUUUUUUAACACAGACACACAUGUACUGAGUUACAAAUUUAUUUUUUAACUCUGCACCACAACAGCACACUGAAAUACACCAGUAGCUUCUCAAGUUUGGUCAACCAGGUUGAGGUUCAGGCAGCUUGUCGCCUGCUGAUUCCACUCAGCCUCUUCACACAGCAUCAUCAAAUCAAAGUAAAGGUUUAAACUCACUGAGAGAGUUCAUCAGUAUUUCCUCAGCACUGACUCUCCUCCAUAGAGGGUAAGACCGGCCUGAAGUUCAGAUGCAUCCUGGCUGUCUUUUUAGUCUCCCCAGAGCAUGAAGCCCUGCCGGGUCCAGAGGGUAGCCAGGUUCUUCUGUCAGGAUUUGAGAAAUGAAAGGACCCAGACAAAGAUCUUCAUGAAGUAACAGACUAAUAAAACAGGCAGGCCGUGAGGUGAGAUGUAUGAGGGGAGAAUCCAGCACAGAACCCAUGAACUGACAGGUGUGAAUGCACAAUCCGUGUUUCCUUUAGAAAUGUGCAGAGAUCUUCAUUUGUAUUUUGCUAAUGUUGCAAAAACAGAAUUUUGCAAUUACGGUGUUACCAUUAAUUAAGACAUGAAAUUAAAAUCACAUGUUUAAGCUUGUUCAUGCUGUACGUCAUUAAAAGUCAUGGCAGUGACGGAUGUAAACAGUUACAUGAGUUGUAUUCAUAAUUUAGCCUCAUCAUCUAUCAGCCAAUCAGAGGAGACGUCUGUGGUUUAUUCAGGCAUUGGGGCAUCAAGCUCCUUAUACAGUAUAUAUGUAGCCAGAGAUGCAGGAAAAACAUUACAAACAUAAACAAUAACAUGCAUUGUUAUGCACACAAUAAGACCAGAAAGAGUAAAUGUACCUCUGACUUUUGAUACAUAUAAAUUGAUCACAGAUAGAUGUGUUUGUUCCCUAUGGAAUCAAAUGAAAUUCCCUCUACAUGGAAAUGUGUUCCUGGACUGAAGGGUUUGCUCUGCUAUCAGGAAAACAACCACAGGAUCGUCUCCAACUCGUCUCUUCUGAUCAGGUUUUCAGCGACCCAUGUAACUGAAAUUGGCUUUAGAUUGAAAGCAUUUCUGUGAACCUCUUCUCACAGAUGUUAGCAUGAAUAUUUCUAUUUUCUGUGCCUUUGGGCACUUUUCUUUCAUGUCUAUAUUCUUGGCAGCCACUUGUCCUCUGUCUGCCUCAGACGUGUCCCUGCGCGUUGCUGCAGGAGCUGAUUUGGGAUUACGGUUGGAAAUCGUUGCCUCAAAAGUUCUUGAAAUACUUUUGCUGACAGUCAAACACUCUUUGCUGAUCAAAAACAAACCAAAGCCCACAAACACCAGUUAAAAUGCCAGAUUUCUGGGGCUUAAAGAAAAGAGACCACGAUACAGUUCAGACAGACCCAGGCUGACAAGACACAAGCAGAAAUGGUCAAGAUAAUUACAGCAGUGACCAAACGGAGGAGUGAAGGACAAGGACGUCAGAAUAAAGCAGAAAAUGAGUCAUUUUCUCAUCAGUUCUCCCCAGCAGCUGAAUAGAGGUUUUAUUUGACAGACCUUUGUAAUGAUUUUCUUCCGUGACAUUUGCUCUUUGGAGACCUUCUUCCUGUCCAUUCAUCUUUGGUCUUUCUUGUCGUCUCUUUGGUGUUUUUUUUUUUUUUUCCAUUUGGUUUGAAUGUCGCCGUCUGGGCAGCAGACUGCCUGAAUCUUCUGCAGCUCUGAAGUAAGCGGACUCCCAGGUCUCAUUUUAGAUUUCCUGUCAAAGCGACAGGCAGUGCUGGUUUAGCAGACGCACACUCAGCUCAAGUCUUUCUUGCUUCAUCUACAAACAGAGUAUCCCUGGUGAUCCGGGCUGCAUAAUGUGCCAUUAAACCAACAAUGCUGUAUAUUAAUGAGUGUCUGUGGGGGCUGCAGAGCGGCUCUGCUGAGAGCGAACUAAAACAGGGAGAAGAGAAGAAGAACAGCAUGAGCUAAAAUAUUCAGUCCCUCAUCUCCACUGAUCUUCUUCACCUUCUCCCACCUGGUGAGCCGUCCUCGUUACUCUGCAUUGUUUUUCUGUUUUGUUGCAGGAAGCUGCUGAUGCAGAGCAAAUCCACCGGGAUGCUAACAGAGAGGAAACAACAGGGCAACUUCUACAUUUGAAUUUCCGCUUGUGUCGGACAUGCUUCUGAAGCUCCAUCAGGUGUUCCUGAAUCCUGCUCAUGACCUGUGCUUCCUCUCUGUUUCCUCCUUCUCUCCUCUCCUUCUCCUCCUGUCAUCUCCGUUCUGAUCCCCUGUAGGAGUUCAGCUGCAGCCUCAGGCCUCUGAGUUGAACCCACCAAACCAUCCCAUCUGCUUCCCUCCCCGUCUUCCAUCCACCUGCCAUGUCUAACGACACAACCUUCUUGGAAGCCACUGAUUGGUUAGACACCUCCCAGUGCCCACCCUCAGUAGGCGGCGCUACAUUCCUGAUUGUUGCAUACAGUGCAGUCAUUGCAAUCGGGUUGCUGGGCAACGCAGGCCUUGUAUUUAUCAUCACCCGGCAACAGGAGUUGCGCAACGUCACCAACAUUCUGAUCGCCAACCUGUCGUGCUCGGACAUCCUGAUGUGCGUGGUGUGUCUGCCGGUCACUGUCAUCUACACGCUGAUGGACCACUGGGUGCUGGGGGAGGCCCUGUGUAAGGUGACACCCUUUGUCCAGUGCAUGUCUGUGACCGUGUCCAUCUUCUCCCUCGUGCUCAUUGCUCUGGAGCGCCACCAGCUGAUCCUCCACCCCACCGGCUGGACCCCCGCGGCCGGACACUCCUACCUUGCAGUGGGGCUCACGUGGCUGGUCGGCUGCUUCAUCUCGCUGCCCUUUCUGUCCUUCAACAUUCUCACUAAUGACCCCUUCCAGAACAUCAGCCUGCCCUCCAACCCCUUCAGGGACCAUUUGAUCUGCAUGGAGUUGUGGCCGUCAGACAAACAUCGCCUUGCCUACACAACCUCGUUGCUGAUCUUCCAGUACUGCCUGCCUCUCCUUUUGGUGUUGCUCUGCUACCUGAGGAUCUUCAUCCGCCUGAGACGCCGCAGGGACAUGCUGGAGCGCAGCAGGAGGACCCGGGGAGCCCAGAGGAUCAAUGUCAUGCUGCUAGCCAUCGUCAUCGCAUUUGCUCUCUGCUGGCUCCCUCUGAAUGUCUUCAACACUCUGUUUGACUGGCAUCACCAGGCCCUGCCAAAAUGUCAGCAUGACGCUGUCUUCUCCGCUUGCCACCUUACAGCCAUGGCCUCCACGUGCAUCAACCCCGUGGUGUACGGCUUCCUCAACAGCAACUUCCAGCGGGAGCUGAGGACGACGCUGCAGCGCUGCCAGUGUGGCACCCGGGCAGGCGAGAGCUAUGAGAGCUUCCCUUUGUCUACAGUGGGCAGCGAGGGCAUAACAAAGGCCACUUCGCUCAACAGGAUGGGAUCGGUGUGUGUCCCCUCACCCAGACCUGAGAUCAGCUCAGCUUUGCUAUCCAAAACAUUACCGGCUAACUUGUAAUAAUGCGGACUGAAGAAUUCUUUGACAAGAUCCUAAGUGCGUCAGUUGUGUGUAACUGAUAAAGAUCAACUUUGAGUCAGUCCAACACUGACCUCACUUGGGCCUGGCUGAAAAUGGUUUAAUACUAUUUCAAGCUAAUGUUUGACGGCAUAUUGUUCUUGUUGUGACUGAUCAUCAUCUAAAACGUUUGAAGACUCUGGAUGUAACUUGGAAGUCCAGAAUGCCAAAACUGAAGAAGCUAAAGGACCUGAACUGUUCUGGUGUAAACCAUGCAACGCUCCUGGAAAGGUUCAGUUUUCCAGUUACAACCAUUGUGACAGAUCAACCUCAUACCAGACAUUGUAACGUCUGAGCCCCUACACACUGCAGGAUGCCAACACCGUGUUGUCACAGCACGUUAACACGUUUUUUUUUUUUUUUUUUGGUGAAAAACACAUUUUACUGUUUGCACACAUGAACAAAGUUGUUGGUACCCCACAAUCACCACUGAAAUAACCUGAAACUGACAAAAGUAAUGAUGAAUAAAAAUGUACUGAAAAUGAACUAACAAAAAUCAGAUCAGGGUUUGCUUCUGAAUUGUGAUUCAACAGAAUCAUUUUGAAAAUAAACGAAUGAAAUCACAAUGAACCACAGGAAGCAAAUGAGAGAUUUGUCCCAGGAGAUCAGAAAGAAAACAUGUUAAAGGUAAAAUCUUCAAGAGCAUCUCUAAGCAGCUUGGUGCUCCUAUGACUGAGGGUAAUUGUUGACAGUUUAAGAGCAGGAGAAUACAAAUAGAAACCAAAGAGCCCAGAACAACCUCAAGGAAAUUAAAGGUAGACUCUAUAGUUAAGGUCCAUCUGUGAUGGAUUGAACAAUACAUCUUGUCUGAGCCAAAGUGGACUUCAUGGGAGAUGUCACUGUUAAAAGCAAAUCACCCAAAAGCGAGACUGGAAUUCGCUACAUUGCAUAUUGAUAAGCCACAAAGCUUCUGGGAAAAUGUCCUUUGGACAAACAAGACAAUUCUGGAGGUUUUUACCAAGCUCUGCAUUCAGAGACCAAAACUGAUUAAAAGAAAAAAAAAAAAAACAAAAAAAAACAACAUACUGUGAAACAUGGAGGAGGCUCAGUUCUGAUCAGGGGCAGCUUUGCUACAUCUAUCAGUGGGAUCAAGGUACAAUGAGAUCUGGAGACUAUCAAGGCAUUUUGGACAAAAAUCGACAACCUUGUCAGAAAACUUGAUCUCAAUUGCAGGUCAUUGGUCUUCUAACAGGACAAUGACCCAAACACAGCUAGAAACACCUAAGAAUGGCUAACAACGAAAUACUGCACUAUUCUGAACUGGUCCGUUUCAAAUAGCUGGUACCAGUCAUUCAUUAACAGAGGGGUACCAACAAGUUUGUCCACGUGAGUAACAUUUGAACAUGUUUGUAAGUGCUGAGGUUUUGUUUAUCAUUGUUCAUUUUUUAAAAUAUCUUUUUUUGUGGCCUUUUUUUGAAAGUUAUCUGACAGGAAGAGGGCAGCAGGGAGAGAUGAGAGUAGAAUUUCUCUGUGUACGUUUGCGUUGUUGUACUGGCAAAUGUUUUUUUUAUAUGUGGAAAGGAAUGCUAAGCAAGCUUUUUCAGAAAAAAUGCUAAAAGGAAAAAACAGCUAGAAAUUGGUUACAGUAUUUCUCUGCAGAAAAUAUUAAAUUAUGUUACUGAUCAAACUCACUACUUUAUUACGUCGGUUCAAUGCAUGUUACAAUUAUACAGAACAGGUGAGUUGUUUAUCAUUAUCUACACCACCAUAGGGGAAAUGGGGGAAAGAAUACCAUAUAGGUACAAAUAUGAUGAAGUGCCAUAAAUUUGUUUAAUCCACUUUGUAAUUCCCACAUUAAGAGUUGCAGCAUCAACCAUGAUGGGUCAUCUGGUCCCUUUUGGAUACAUGAAAUGUUCUCAAUAAUGCCAGACUAUCAUAUAGUCACUUUCCUAAAAUGUCUUCUUUAGGACAAAAGAUGAUUUAGACAAAAAAAAUCACUUUUGGAAAAA